GCUCGGCCAUGGCGGUGGAGCCGCGGCCGGAGCUGGUGGGGAAAAGGUUCCUCUGCGUGGCGGCCGAAGAGCCGCCCAAGGACGGCGGGCGCUGCCGCCCCGCCUGGAGAGCCGGAGUCGUCCGGGCCGUCUCCCACCGGGACGCCCGCACUCCCGACCUGGCGGUCUACGUGGAAUUUGACGACCUUGAAUGGGAAAAACGAGAGUGGGUUAAAGUUUAUGAAGAUUUUACAACUUUCCUGGUGGAGUACCAGUUGGUCUGGGCAAAAAGAAAGGACCCUAGCCAGACUCAGGGAUCAAAGAUCAAACAAGUUCAGUGGCCGGCAUUGACGUUCAAGGCCCUGGUUGGAAAAAGUGUGUACAGUUCAAUCACUGCUGUAGAAUUCCUUGUGGACAAACAACUGGAUUUUGUAUCUGAAGAUAGUGCCUUUCAGCCCUAUCAGGACGACGUAGACAGCCUAAACCCGAUUCUCAGGGACAACCCUCAGCUUCACGAAGAGGUGAAAGUCUGGGUAAAAGAACAGAAGGUUCAGGAGAUUUUUAUGCAAGGUCCGUAUUCCUUAAACGGAUACAGAGUGAGAGUAUAUAGACAGGAUUCUGCCACCCAGUGGUUUACUGGUAUAAUUACUCACCAUGAUCUCUUCACCCGCACUAUGAUCGUUAUGAAUGACCAGGUACUAGAACCACAGAAUGUUGAUCCUUCUAUGGUUCAAAUGACCUUUCUGGAUGACGUUGUUCACUCUUUAUUGAAAGGUGAAAAUAUUGGCAUCACAUCCCGUCGUAGGUCUCGGUCCAAUCAGAACAGCAACACGGCUCACGGUCAUUAUACACGUGCUCAAGCUAAUAGUCCCAGACCAGCAAUGAACUCCCAAGCUGCAGCACCAAAACAGAAUCCACACCAGCAACAGCAACAGCGAAAUGCUCGCCCAAAUAAGAGGAAGGGCUCAGAUAGCAGUGUGCCAGAUGAAGAAAAGAUUAAGGAAGAAAAAUAUGAUAAUCUAGCCCGAGGAGAAAAUCCUAAAAGUAAAAAUAAACACUGUCUCAGCAAGAGAAGAAAACCCGAGGCAGACGAAAAGAAACUAAAUAUGAAAAGACUGCGCACAGACAAUGCCUCAGACUAUUCUGAGGGUAGUGACUCAGAAAAUUCAAAUAAGAGAAUAACAGAUUCUUCCUCAGAACAUAAUUCAGAGAGUGAGCAGAAAAGCAAAAACACUUCAAAGAUUAAUGGAGAAGAAGGAAAAUCCCAGAGUAGUGAUGGGGUAGAAGAACAAACACUAAGAGAUAGACAGUCUCCCUGGGAUGAAAUUCCAGAAGAUAAGAAACAUGAAACAGAAAGGCUAAAAUCUUCUGACUUUGAGCUGCAAGAAAAAGCUCUUCACGCUGCGGAACAGCCUCUGCGUUAUGACCAGAGUACCAAUAAUUUACCCAGUCAAGAGUGCAAUGUGGAGAAGUUGCAUGCUAUGGAAAUGCGACCACAUGAGCAGUUUGGUUCGGCAACACCCAAAUGUGUCAUUGACAUUACAAUUGAAAGCAUUUCAGAGAAGGGGGUUCAGGAGAACUCUGCAAGUACUUUUGGUUUUCAAAACCUUCAGAAAACUGAGGCUCCUAGUAGUGACUUAAAACCUUCAUUUGCAAAUGCAAAAUUCUUAGAACUGAGAAAGCAUGAUCCGGACCAGAAUUGGGUCGGUAGCAUCAAUAAAGUGGAUUUGAUGCAAUCAAAUGUUAUGAAGCCUUUAUCCGUAAAUGAACAUCUGGGUAGUGACAAGGAGAAAAAUCAAUAUGGAUCCUAUAUGUCUUCAUUAAGUGGUGUUUCUGUAGCUGAGGAUGGUAAAUUGCAUAAGCUAAGUCCACCCACUGAAGCUAUGAAAUCUAAGCCCGGUGCUUUAGUUGAUGUUCCUAAAACGAAAUCGAAUGUCUCAUCCGACGUCAUUAAACCCAAAGUCACCCAUUCUCCAGAUUCUGUAAAGUCUAAGGCUGGUUACCAAAACAGUCAUGCUCCCGGAGAGAGGCGGCCAACGAGUAAAGCAGAGCAUGAUUUGCCGAGAUCGAGUUUUCACCCAGUUCCAGUUCGAGUCAGUGCGUUAGAAGCCACAAAAAGCCCUCUCAUCAUUGACAAAAAUGAGCAUUUCACAGUUUAUAGAGAUCCUGCACUAAUCGGUCCAGAAGCAGGAGCCAAUCACCUCUCGCCGUACUUAAACCAGCACAGUUAUCCCCUCCAUUCCUCAGCUCACAGAACCUGUUUAAACCCAAACACCCAUCAUCCCACGUUAACGGCCGCUUCCCAUCUGUUAGCUGGGUCUGCGAAUGCAAACCCGUUACCGACCAUUAAUCCCCAUCCUCACCAUUCUGUCCAUCACCCUCACUUGCUCCCUACUGUUUUGCCUGGAGUGCCUGCAGCCUCACUACUUGGUGGCCACCCACGUCUAGAGACUGCUCACGCUAGUAGCCUAAGCCACUUGGCUCUAGCACACCAGCAACAGCAGCAGAUGUUGCAGCACCAGUCACCUCAUCUGCUUGGACAAGGGCAUCCUUCCGCAUCCUAUAAUCAGCUAGGACUCUAUCCAAUUAUUUGGCAGUAUCCCAAUGGAACCCAUACGUACUCAGGCCUUGGCUUGCCAUCCUCGAAAUGGGUCCACCCAGAAAAUCCAGUCACCGCCGAGUCAUCUUUGAGGAGGAAUACUCCCAGCCCUUGGUUACAUCAACCCACCCCUGUGACCUCAACUGAUGGUCUUGGGUUACUGAGUCACAUUCCCGUCAGACCGUCGAGUGCAGAGCCUCAUCGACCAAUUAAAAUGGCAGUACAUUCUAGUCCUCCAUUGUCAAAAACUUUAGUAGAUCAUCACAAAGAGGAAUUGGAAAGGAAAACAUAUAUUGAACCUUUACGAUCCGUCGCAGCCACGUCAUCAAAGAGUGAUCUGGAUCCUGCCAGAACUCAUCCUGGAAAAGAGAGCCAUUUACACAGACAUUUUGUAGAUCCAGUGUUGAGUCAAUUACCAAGGCCACCUCAGGAGACUGGAGAGAGACUGAACAAAUAUAAAGAGGAGCAUCGGCGAAUUCUUCAAGAGAGCAUUGAUGUCGCUCCUUUUACAACUAAAAUCAAGUCUCUUGAGAGUGAGAGAGAGAAUUAUUCCAGAGUGUCAUCCUUACCAUCUUCAAGUCCUAAAGGUCACAUCCUCAAGCAAGAUAAAGAUGGAGAUCGCACAGUGUCGGAACUCUAUAAGAUGAAGCACUCGGUACCUCAGAGUUUACCACAGAGCAACUAUUUCACUACCCUGUCUAACAGUGUAGUGAAUGAACCGCCCCGCUCCUACCCUUCCAAAGAAGUUUCUCACAUGUACACUGAUAAACAGAGUGGCAGUCCUUCCGCAGCAGUGAACCCCCAGACCCUUACCACAUUUAUUUCAUCUCUUUCGAAGCCCCCGCCACUGAUUAAACAUCAACCAGAAGGGGAUGGUUCAGCAAGCAAGAUACCAGAGCAGCUUUCCCAGCAAGUGACAUCUCACUCGGUCACUUCUUUUCGGUCUGACUGUAGGAGCCCUACCCAGCUGACAGUUUCAUCUUCAUCAAAUACUCUUCGAAGUAUGCCUGCAUUACACAGAGCACCAGUGUUCCACCCUCCAAUCCACCACAGUCUGGACAGAAAGGAAAGCAGUUACAGCAACCUUUCCCCUCCAACUCUCACUCCAGUUUUACCGGUGAAUGCUGGUGGAAAAGUCCAAGAAUUACAAAAACCUCCUACUCUGGUGCCUGAGCCAAAAGAAGCCCAGACAACUUACAAGAGUGCGUCUGAGCAGAAUUUGUCAGAGGUGUGGAAAUCUAAUAAUACCCUCAGCAAUGAGAAAGCCGAAUGGCAUGCUGAGAAAAGCAGUGGCAAGUCACAGGCCGCCACCGCAUCUGUCAUUGUACGUCCACCGUCUAGCACGAAAUACGAUAGUGGGACAGUCAUGCCGUCCGCUCCUAAAGAUCGAGCUAGCGAAAGGUCUUCAACUGGGACAAAUCAAGCAGAUUGCCCGAAAGCAGGGGAAACCCGAGAGACUGGGAGAAUCGGUCUGCCAAGUGUGAACUCAGACAGUACUCACCCACAGUAUGAAAAGAACUUACAGGCUGUCUCCCAGGGCGGUGUUCCCAGUUCAGUCACGCCUGCUGCAAAUAAGACAUGCAGUACCAAAACGGACGUGACCAUGUCAGCUGCCACAACGACCAGCGUUUCAAGCUGGGGUGCCUCAGAGGUAACUUACUCUUCAUCAAAUGCAGUGUUGGCCUCCUCAUCUGGCGAAUGUACCUCCUCGAGAAGCGUCAGCCAGUCGGCAGCUCAGGCACAAGACUGCAAGGUAAACGCCGUGGCUGAAGCUGCCCCAGCCAGUAGCAAGACGGGAGGUGCUGUUCAGCCCAAUUCCGGGUUCUCCAACACAACUGAUUUUGUCCAUUUGAAAAAGCACAAGGCGGCAUUGGCGGCAGCUCAGUUUAAAAGUAGUAGUGCCAGCGAGACUGAGCCUAAUACUGUGAAAAAUCAGACAUUUCCAGCCUCUAUUCCCCUUGAUAGUAUGACAGCCUGUAAUACAAUAAACAAAGCAAACUCUGUAGGCAAUGGGCAAGCAUCCCAGACAAGUCAGCCAAACUACCACACAAAACUGAAAAAGGCUUGGCUUACCAGACAUUCAGAGGAAGAUAAAAACACUAAUAAAAUUGAAAGUUCAGGGAGCAGUGUAUCAGAAAUUAUUAAGCCAUGUUCUGUCAAUUUGAUAGCCUCUACAUCAAGUGAUAUACAGAACAACAUAGAUGGCAAAAUCCUCGUAGAAAAAUACGUCAAAGACGACAAAAUCAGUAGAAGGAAAGCGAAAAGGACUUACGAAUCUGGCUCUGAAAGCGGAGACUCAGAUGAAAGUGAGAGCAAGUCAGAGCAGAGGGCUAAACGACAACCCAAGCCAACUUACAAAAAGAAGCAAAAUGAUUUGCAGAAGAAAAAGGGGGAAAUGGAAGAAGAAGUAAAACCCAAUGGAAUUCUCAGCAGGAGUGCCAAAGAAAAGAGUAAGCUGAAGCUACAGAACAACAGCAAUAGUGCUGGCAUCCCUCGUUCAGUGUUAAAAGACUGGCGCAAAGUAAAGAAGCUAAAGCAAACUGGGGAAUCCUUUUUACAAGAUGACUCUUGUUGCGAGAUAGGACCAAAUUUGCAGAAAUGCAGAGAAUGUAGACUUAUUCGAAGUAAAAAAGGGGAAGAACCAACUCACUCUCCUGUUUUCUGCAGAUUUUACUACUUUCGAAGGUUGUCAUUUAGUAAAAAUGGAGUGGUUAGAAUAGAUGGUUUCUCUUCACCAGACCAGUAUGAUGAUGAAGCAAUGAGUUUAUGGACAACGGAAAAUUAUGAAGAAGAUGAACUAGACUUAGAAACAUCUAAAUAUAUCUUGGAUAUCAUAGGUGAUAAAUUUUGUCAACUAGUAACAUCUGAGAAAACAGCCUUAUCAUGGGUUAAAAAAGAUGCCAAAAUUGCCUGGAAAAGAGCAGUGAGAGGAGUCCGUGAAAUGUGUGAUGCGUGUGAAGCUACGUUGUUUAACAUUCACUGGGUCUGCCAAAAAUGUGGAUUUGUGGUCUGCUUAGAUUGUUAUAAGGCAAAGGAGAGGAAGAGUUCUAGAGAUAAAGAACUGUAUGCUUGGAUGAAGUGUGUGAAAGGACAGCCUCAUGAUCACAAACAUUUAAUGCCAACGCAGAUUAUUCCUGGCUCUGUUCUGACUGAUCUUCUGGAUACAAUGCACAAUCUUAGAGAGAAAUUUGAUAUCAAGUCCCAUUGUCAUUGUACGAACAAACUGAAUAUGCAAGGUGGAAAAUUCCCUUCAAUGAAUGGUGUGUCGCAGGUUUUGCAGAAUGUUCUUAAUCACAGUAACAAAAUUUCUCUGUGCAUGCCUGAGUCUCAGCAGCAGAAUACCCCUCAAAAGUCUGAGACUAAUGGCAAUACCAGCCCAGGGAGUGAUGUAAGCACAGACAGCAAGUUAACGCCACCAGAAUCCCAAUCACCACUGCAUUGGUUAGCAGAUCUUGCUGAGCAAAAAGCCAGGGAAGAAAAGAAAGAAAACAAAGAAAGCUCCCUUGGAAAGCACGUGAAGGAAGAACGAGAUCAAGACAGUGCUGAUUCUGUGAACUGCAAAGCUUCACCUCCAGUGUCUCAGAAUAAUGAGCAAGGUUCAACUUUACGGGAUUUGCUGACCACAACAGCUGGCAAGCUACGUGUCGGGUCGACGGAUGCUGGCAUUGCUUUUGCUCCAGUGUAUUCUACAGGAACCCCAAGUGGCAAAAGUGGAAGGACUAUGCCAAACAUUCUCGAUGACAUAAUAGCUUCAGUUGUAGAAAACAAGAUUCCACCAAAUAGAGCUUCAAAAGCAAGUGUAAAAUCCGAGGCUAAAGAGGAGGAACCCACAGAAGGCAAAAAGUGUUCCCUUGAAUGCACUAAAUUGUACAGUGAGAUUCCACAUUCAUGGAUCUGUGAGAAGCACAUUUUGUGGCUUAAAGAUCAUAAGAACAGCAACAAUUGGAAGAUUUUUAAGGAGUGUUGGAAACAAGGACAGCCUGUAGUGGUUUCUGGAGUGCACAAGAAAAUGAACAUUAGCUUGUGGAAAGCAGAGUCGAUUAGUGUUGAUUUUGGAGACCACCAAGCAGAUCUCCUGAACUGCAAAGAUAGCAUUAUUUCGAAUACUAACGUCAAGGAAUUCUGGGAUGGUUUUGAAGAAAUUUCAAAGCGACAGAAAGUGAAAACUGGAGAAACGGUUGUUUUGAAAUUGAAAGACUGUCCAUCAGGCGAAGAUUUCAAGACUAUGAUGCCAGCAAGAUAUGAAGAUUUGUUGAAAAGUUUGCCGUUGCCAGAAUAUUGUAAUCCAGAGGGAAAGUUCAAUUUGGCCUCCCAUCUGCCAGGGUUUUUUGUGCGCCCAGAUCUAGGGCCUAGACUGUGCAGUGCAUAUGGUGUGGCUGCUGCUAGAGAUCAUGAUAUAGGAACAACAAAUCUCCAUGUUGAAGUUUCAGAUGUUGUGAAUGUCCUGGUCUAUGUUGGCAUAGCCAAAGGAAAUGGAGUUCUUUCAAAAUCAGGGGUAUUGAAGAAAUUUGAGGAAGAAGAUUUGGAUGACCUUUUAAGAAAAAGGCUAAAGGACUCAAGUGAAAUACCUGGUGCUCUGUGGCACAUUUAUGCUGGGAAAGAUGCAGACAAAAUAAGGGAGUUCCUUCAAAAGAUUGCAAAAGAGCAAGGUCUAGAAGUUCUACCAGAACAUGAUCCAAUCCGUGACCAGAGUUGGUAUGUGAAUAAAAAACUCCGCCAGAGACUUCUUGAGGAGUAUGGAGUAAAAACUUGCACUCUUGUCCAGUUCCUAGGUGAUGCCAUUAUCUUACCAGCAGGAGCGCUUCAUCAGGUGCAAAAUUUUCACAGCUGCAUUCAGGUGACUGAAGACUUUGUGUCACCUGAACAUCUUGUACAGUCAUUUCACUUAACCCAGGAGCUGAGACUGUUGAAGGAAGAAAUCAAUUAUGAUGAUAAACUUCAGGUCAAAAAUAUCUUAUACCAUGCAGUUAAAGAAAUGGUGAGAACUUUAAAGAUACACGAAGAUGAAAUGGAAGAUAUGGAAGAAAAUUGAAUGCUCCGUUUCACUGUUCUAGUUCAUCGGAUUGAAGUUACUCAUCCCCCAUAUGAAGAUUAGUAUGCACACUAAUUUAAGCUUCACAAACCAUCGGUGCCAAGAAAAUAUAUAUUCAUAGUAUUGACAUGUUACUGACACCACGGCAGUAUAGCUUCAUAUGUCACAGCUACUGUGAUUAAAUGUUAGUUAUUAAAAAAUAAAAGAGCAGCCCCCUGCUGCUGUCUCUGUAUUAUAGUGUACAUGAAGUUUGUGAAAAUGUCAGAUUUAAAUGUAUUUAUUUUUGGAAAAAAUUCAAAAUUCUAUGCUAUAUUGUUGAUCAAAUGUAAAUGUGACCUUGUACAGUUUGCUAAAAUAACUCCAAUAUUUUUCACUACAUUGAGACAGUUACUGUGAGAGUAGGACACAAACACCAGCUAUUGCCUGCAUUUGGGAAAUUGCUGAAUCGCACAGCAGUCAUGUCAUGAUCUGAAAAUUACUGCCAAAUAAUUGUAAAAUUUGUAAGUACAAAGUAUAUAAAGUAGAUCUUAAGUACAGACACUUCAAUAUUUUGUUGAAGUUACUCAGUGUACAAUUAAAACAUUUUCAAAAGGUGUAAUUUAUUUAAAAUAGUUUCAUUUUGGUAAAAAUUUGUGAACUUUUAAAGCUAAAUAUAAACUUAAUAUGCUAUGUAAAUAUAUACAUAUAUACAUUCAAUGAUGUAUUUUUUUAAAACAUUGGCUUGCUUUUAUUUGUUAAAAAGUUCAAGUGUUACACAUGGCUUUGUACAUUGAAGUUGAAAGGGGUUUUACAUUUUCCAUUAAAAUGACUUUAUCAAA